UGGCUCUGAUCAUGUGAUUUACUGGCCCAAAAGAAGUCACCUUGUCAAAGUAUCAACACAAGAUUCUUCAACAAAUCAAUAAUGAAUAGCACCGGUGUCCGGGGCCUCCUAACCAACACAGGGGCCCGACUGACUAGCCAGUUCACAAGACACAUCCAGAGUGGUUCUCCUGCACAGGGUCAUGGAGGUGGGGCACGCACCUGGAAGAUCUUGGCGUUUGUAGUGGCGUUACCUGGCGUGGGGAUUUGUAUGCUCAACGCCUGGCUCAAACAACAAAAUCACCCCCACAAGUCCCCAGAGUUUGUAGCCUAUGACCACCUGCGAAUACGCUCCAAGCCGUUCCCGUGGGGUGAUGGAAAUCACAGUCUGUUCCACAAUCCUCAUAGCAACGCACUACCCAAAGGCUACGAACUCCACAAUGAGAAACAUUAACUGAGCCCAUCAAUAAAUAUAAUUAUUACAUGGCAA